AUCACACGAUUUUUUCUAGAUUAUAUUAAUAAGUCAUGCUGUUCACAGUUCUUGCAUUAAAAUCAAGACUUCAUUCACUGCCACAAAUUAAAUUCAAAAUUGUCAGUGUCACGAAAUCUCAAACUCCACCAAAAUGCAACCCACCCACUAUCCCCCAGCAAUAACCCCCGGUUUCAUGGGUGUAAAAUCGCCCCCCGUCAACACCUCAUACAAAGCAAUGGACAGCAUGACUUAUUUCCAAAAUUACAGGAACGAACACUUGUCGAGAAUGCAAUCUCUGCCAUACGCAUGGGGCGAUAUUCAUAUCGAAUACAGCCCCACUGCAGACAUUGCGACCCUGAACAAAGCCAGCAAUUUGGAUAAGUUCAUUCGAAUGCCGCCAUCAAAAUUCACCAUGCUGGAUCUAGGCAGGCAGAAAGAAAUUGACGACUUUUACAUGGCCUGUCAGCUUCACCGUGACCAGUACAAAGACCAAAUGGGGCGGUUGCACCCCCUAGAUUACUUUAAAACCACUGAUUAUAAUUAUCAGUGUGCCCCUGAUCCCACCACCACAUACAUACAUAGCCCGCAUUCCUACGUGAAAUACAAGAAUCCGAUAGUGCUACCUUUAACAAUGGAAAGGUCUUAUAAGAGUCCGUUACUGCCAGAACGAGCUCUUACUGGUCGUUAUGAUCCCUCGAGCGAUAUCCAAUAUAAAAGAUGAUUUUAUUGUUAACAUAACACUCAAGAAUGCAAUGAAGGCCAAAGAAAACAAUGAAAAAGAUAAAAAUUAUGUCGAGAGUGCAGAACCUUCAGUUAUUUACGGAUGAAGAUGAUCAUGGACGGAAACAGAAAUAACUUAUGAAAAAGAAACGAACACAAAAAAAAUGUAACUAUGAAUCAGACACAAGUUAUUUGAUAGUGAAGUCGUUAUAAAUUAAACAAUAAAAUAAUACAAUACCAAAAACUCUGAAAGCCCACGCCGCUUUUACUUUAUCAGGACAUUUCUGAGACAUCACAGAACACAAGUCUAAAAUAUCCUCAAAGGAAAGUCUGUCAUCCUUUUGUGACGAAAA